GUAUCUGUAGUCCUAGUGAGCAACCACACACACACACACACACACACACGCACGCACACUACUCUGCCAUGUUUCUGACGAGUAGCCGAGAUGAUUCUUAUGAAAACAGUCUUCUUCUCCUCUCUGGCCCUCAUUAACUGGCCCAGAUGAUUGUAUGAUUAGCUCACUCUGGAAAGCUCUAACACUUCCUGCACGCUCUUUCUGUGGAAGGAGUCACUCUUGAACCUUCUUAAGUUUAAGGACUUUCUCAGAAGUAAGCUUUUGUUGCCAGUGCAAAGACAGUGGAGACGUGUGACCUCACCCUCUGGCUCGGAGGGGCUCUACCUCUAAUUGUUUAAUCCCCGAUGCAGCUUUGGGCACAUGAUGAAAUCCAGUCAUUGCCCCUGAGAGGGAAUAAAUGAUCACCUCAGCAAGACGAUUCACCACAGACAAACCUGAAGUUCAAAUCUCCUUCAGCCUUGAUGAGUCCUCAGAGCUGACCGAUGCAGAGGAUCAAUUCCCAUCUUUCCCUGACCUUGAGCAACGCUUGCAGCCAGUGUUGCCAUGCCAAUCUCUAAAGGAGUCUGUCCAAGUCUACAGAGACCAUUGCAGAAUGGCGAAAGAGUUUCACCAGGUUAAAACAGAAAUCGCUCUUCUGGAAGACAGAAAAAGGGAUUUGAUAGCUGAGCUGGCUGAGGACGAGAAGGUGACGCUGGAGAUCUCUAGACUGGAGGAAGAGUUUCGGCUUUUGACAGAGGAGAACCAUACCCUCGUCAGCAUGUACACAGAGCGAACUCAGCAGCUUGCCACUCUGCGUAUACUCAAUCAGAAGAGGCAGGGUUCCUCCUGACCCUUGGCCUUUUGUGAAAUGCAGUUCAAAAUAGUGAACAUUAUACUAUGUGAGGGCAGCACAUUGGAAAGGGAGGAUUUCAUAUUAAGAAGAGUUUCCUUUGAGACGACUACAUCAGGUUUCACCAGCAAAAGAUGGAAAAUGGCUCUCUAGCACUUAUUGAUUGUAAUUAGAAUUCUAGGCAACUGUUUAGGUGAAUAAAGGGAUUUACAAUUGAAAAUAUCCAUUAAUGAAUAAUGGGUAUCAUUAUCUGUGUCAUGCAAUGCGUAAUAAAAAUGAAAGUGUGCUGAGUUAAUACCAAUCUGAGCAAAAAACACUGGUUUAAAGACUGGUUAAAGGGUCUGCACUGGAAACCAGAGGAUUAUCCAUACUGACUCCUAUAUGGACUCAGGUUUGGGUUUUGUAUGUUGUGUAUAUAUACGCAAUUAUACUGAAUAACUAGAAUUUUGACAUAAAUACAAAGCAACAGUUUGUUCUUUAAUGGUACUUUACUAUAAUCAUGUGUAGCCUAUAAACUCCAAUAAGCAUGUAUGCAAAAUGGUAACCAUGAAUUAAUUCACAAAAUGAAUAUGCAUAUUAUAAUAUGAUUAUGGUCAAAUGAAUCACAUCUAAAAUCAAUCAGUAAAUACAUAGAAAUAUAUAUAUAUAUAU